AUGGACAACUUCUACCACUCUUCACAAAACUGCCUCAACCAGAACCUGACCCGGUACCCAGCCCUGGCCGUCGGACUCCCCCUCGUCGGCGGCUUCAUCUCCGCCUCCCCCUCCAUAAGAUCCGCUAAGGAUUACUACGAGUCCCUUUACAAAUCCUCCUGGGCACCUCCUUCCUCUGCCUUUGGUCCUGCCUGGACUGGUCUCUACCUCUCUAUCGGUUAUGCAUCCCAUCUGGUUGCUUCGCAUACGAGUCCAACGGCCUUGACUCUCCCCUCGAUUCGGUCGGCUGCUCAAACUGGGAUGGGGCUGUAUGGAUUGAAUUUGGCGUUGAACUUUGCAUGGUCGCCUAUUUUCUUUUGGAAAAGGCAGAUCGGUGCUGCCCUCAUUACCGCUGGUGGUGUAUUCACGUCGGCAAUUGCAGUUUCAUACUACUUCUUCAAGGUCGACGAAGUUGCCGGCUACCUCACCCUCCCCUACGUCGCCUGGCUUGGAUACGCCACCGCCCUCAAUUACGACAUCUGGAUCAAGAACGCCAAGGGCCCUGCUGCAGACCACGCCCGCAAGUUUGGAAAGGACGCCAACAAACUCGGCAAGGAUGUCGGUGAUGCCGCCCGUCAUGCCAAGUCGGAUCUUCACCAUGAGGCUAAGCAGGUCCAGGAUGAUGCCAAGGAUGCUGCCAGGGCUGCUAAUAAGAACGCCAAGAAUGCCGUCAAUAAUGCCUCUGACCGUCUUGACCGUGAACUUCGUUAA